AUGUGCCCCUCCACCCCUCCACCGCCGGACGCCUCUAGCGCCGUCGCAUAUGCAGCGUCGAGGCCGGUCCUCCAGAACCCCUCCCCAGUGCCGCCUCCACCAAACCCACACCCCUUCUAUUCACCGCCUCCUUCCAGGCUCUCUUCCAAUCCCAACCCUAAUUUCCCCCAAUUGGCCCCUCGGCACCCUCACCCUCACGACCCGCCUCACUCUAUGUACCCCUUGCAUCCUCCGGGCAACCCGGGUUUCUUCAGGCCGAACCACUUGCCUCACGUGAUAUUCGGGUCCGGGCCGGGUCCCGCCGGUAAUGCUUCUGGUGUGAUUAAAGGGAUUCCAGUCUCCCCCUUGCACCACCCAAUGGCUGGUCCACCUUCUACUUCAAUCUCUGAUAAUAAUGCACACAACAGUUUAAGGGAUAGAAAUAGGGAUGAUACUCUUGCAGUUGUCAAGGAUAGGAAGGUCCGGAUAACUGAUAAUGCAUCACUUUAUGCCCUCUGUAGGUCAUGGUUGAGGAAUGGAUUUCCUGAAGAAUUUCAAAAGCCAACAUACUUGGAUACCGUCAAAUCUCUUCCCCAGACCUUUGCCUUUAGCUGCACAGGCUUCAAGCAUUUCAGCCACCCCCACAACCUCUCCCUCCACUACGGGCCCAAAACCCGCUGCUCGGGCAGCAAAUCGGCCCGUCCGGGCCCUUUGUACGCCUGUUUGCAAUGCAACUACUUCCUCAAUGAGCACUGCUUUCGGGCCGCCCGGACCCUCAACCACCCGUUGACCCUCGUCUCGUGCCCCACUUACCAGUCGGCCUCUUUCUUCUGCAACGACUGCAGCUUUCUCGGCACCGGGUUUUGCUACGCCUGCUAG